UGUCUGCUCUACUCUCAUUCAAGGUACAAGGUUCACGUAUUGUCCUUGUACAACAGGGUUACGCAACAUAAGAAAAUACAACAACAACAAAAAACUACAUUACAUGGUGGAGGGUGAAGGAGGAAUUAAGGAGUCUCUGAGCCCGAGGAAAGAAGCUGCUCUGUAGUCUUGAGGUACGGAAACUGACACUGUAUCCCAGUCAGCAGCAUGGUGAACAGGCUGUGGCUGGGGUUAGGGUAUUAAUAGCCUUUGGAUCUUAUCUAUUCCUACGUUGCUGACAGCUGGAGAGAGAGAGAGAGAAGAGACGUACACAUUUCCGGUACAGAGUGACGUGACUUAGAAGCAAGCUUUUGGUGGAGUGCAGAAUCCCUGAAGCUGCAUCAGAACUCCGGCAAACAUCAUGGACAGCGUUGAGCAAAAUGGCCUUCCUCACUACAGGCAACCUUAUCUGACUGUUGCCCUGGACGAAGCGCAGCUGGAUGUCCUUGGGCAACGGGUAGAACAGCAGUCCCUGUCCUUGUUGGAGAGGGUGAAGUCACAAUGUUGUUGUUCCGGUCCCAGGUUGAAGAGCUUGCUGCUUGGUUUUUUUCCUGUCCUGUCAUGGCUGCCUCGCUACUCCAUCAGAGAAAACGCUGUCGGGGACCUGGUGUCUGGCAUCAGUGUUGGGAUCAUACAGCUGCCACAGGGUAUGGCCAACGCCAUGUUGGUGGGAGUUCCUCCAGCGUUUGGUCUCUACAGCUCUUUCUACCCUCUGAUCAUUUACUUCAUCUUCGGCACCUCCAGACAUCUCUCCAUUGGUACUUUUGCCAUCCUGGCCAUCAUGAUUGGGUCUGAGACGGCCAAAGUGGAGUUGCUCAACAAUGGUGUUGAAGAGAGUCAGAUUGAUGUGGAAGCGGCCAAAGUGAACGUGGCUGUACAACUCACCUUCCUCUGUGGCCUCAUACAGCUCCUAAUGUACCUGCUGCGUGGAGGUGGUGCGGGUCGCUGGCUGUCUGCACCUGUAAUCAGAGGCUACACCACAGCAGCUGGUCUGCAUGUGAUGAUCCUGCAGCUGCCACUGAUGACUGGAAUACCUGCACAGAGACACACUGGACUGCUGCCUUCAGCUUGGACAUUAAAUGAUGUUUUCCAUGGAGUGACCAGCGCUGUACCUGGAGCGCUGUCAGUCUCCGGGGUUUCCAUGGUGAUACUCAUCGGAGGCAAAAUGCUGAAUGAGCGCUUUAAGAACAAGCUGCCUGUCGUCAUACCAUGGGAACUUAUACUGAUUGUCCUGGGCACCAUCCUGUCGGUGCAGAUGGAUCUGGUUGGACAGCACACCGUCCAGGUGGUGGGAGACAUACCCAGUGGCCUGUCUUACCCAGUACUUCCCUCUCUCUCUCAGGCCAGAGAGCUGUUCAUUCCAGCUCUGUCAGUGGCUCUGGUCAGCUUCAGUUUCCUCUCAGCCAUGGGCUCAGUGUUUGCACACAAACAUGGCUACCAAGUGGACAGCAGUCAGGACCUGCUGGCUCUGGGUCUGUGUAACACCAUAGGGGGAAUGUUCCACUGCUUCGCUGUCAGCUGCUCCUUCUCUCGCAGUAUGGUCCAGGAUAGCACUGGUGUCAAAACACAGAUGGCCGGAUUGGUAUCAGCUCUGUUGAUUCUAACCAUCCUGUUGAAGAUCGGUCAUCUCUUUGAACAGCUGCCAAAGGCGGUGUUGGCAGUGAUCAUCGUGGUGAACCUGCAAGGGUUAAUGGCUCAGUUCAAAGACUUGUGUGUGCUCUGGAAGUCUGACAGAUUAGACCUGCUGGUGUGGGUCACCACGUUGAUUUCCACGCUGGUCUGUAACCUGGACCUGGGUCUGGCUGUGGCGGUCAUCUUCUCUCUACUCACGCUCAUCUACAGGACGCAACAGCAGAUGGGCACUGUCAUUAAUAUUCCCCCGUCUAUUACUUUCAUCUUGUCCACGUCUUUCAGCUCCUCCACUGUUGUUUUGGGUCAUAUUCCUCAUACAGACUGUUACAGAGAUGUGGGACUCUACACUGAGGUAAGAUCAAUCCGUCUCACAGGUGUCACGAGAAUAAGUAAAAAAAAACAGUUUGGUUAAAGUUUGGUGUUGUUCAAGGUAAACUAGGUAGAAGUAGAUUGUCUCGUCCCUGCUAUUUCAGCAGGGAAGAGACAAACUACGAAGUGAUGUGUAGCUCUGGUGUCAUUUGUACUGAACUAAACAAAGUGGGAGUUUUCUUGAAGCCAGCGUCUAGUGGCCAUGAGAGGAACUGCAGCUUAAUGCUCUUCUCUUAGCGAUAUGAGAGCGGUGUUAUUGAUCACCUCUCGACAAGAAAGCGAAAAAGCCUAUUUCCAAAAAAUGUAGCAGUAUUUCUAUUAAGUUGUUGUUCGCUUAUUCAAACUUUUGGUGUCAUAAUGAGUUGUCACAAAUCCAAAACAUCCGAUUCUCUACUUAAAUCCAUCUGUCAUAGAUGGUCUUUAAUACAUAUUCUCAGAUAAAAGCAGUUAGUCGGUUCUACUUCAACCUGCUACCACACUAUGAACUUCUAAUGUUUUCUUCCUCCACCUUUUCUCUGCAGCCCAGUCACAGAAACCUUUUGCUAAACUUGCCCCAAACCUUCUUCCAUAGCACCAGCUGGUGCCUUUUUUAUAGGUCAAUUAGAGGCAGCCACUUUUGACACUAAAGAAAAGUAAUGCAGCGAAAAAGACCAAUGUCUGCAGGUGUGUCUAAUUCAACAAUAAUUGAAUAAUGUAAUCGUUGAUUAUUGGGCAGCAAGUCAUUACACACCUUCAGUAUACCAAGGCCUGACUCGUGGCGCUUUCCAGAUCGGAAGAUGAAUCACACUAACCUUACAUGACACCCGAUGAUCUUAGCUGAUUGCAGGCUGUGGACUAGCAUAUCUAAAAUGCCAUCAGUGUGAAACACAGUCACUAAUGAAUUCUCCACAGUCUGUCCCAUAUCUGCUCAUGAAACGCAGCCCUAUUCCAAAUGGAUCACAGCAUCCGCAAUGCAAAUGCACAUCAACACAGCAAGCGUUUGAUGGGUACUAAUGUCACGAUGUAGAUCAAUGCCAAUCUGAAUAAAUAAGCAAUUGAAAAAAUACAUUUAUCCUAAAGUUUAUACUAAAAAUAGGUUUGGAAAUGAUUUGAGUUGGUAUUUAUGUAGCAGGCCAUUAAACUGCGGUGUCUCCCCAACAUGUAAACGAAGAGCCAAGCCAACCAAAUUCUUCAGUGAAUGUCAGUCUUUCAUCGACUUAAUGAACCACUCUGAACGGUACGACUGUCACGCAGCCAAAACACAGUAAAAAUACAUCCCUGGCUGAAAACCACCAUCUGCCACACAUCAAAAACACCAAACUGUCACCAAAGGCAAUCUGUUGGUGCUCCGAGCGUCAGUGAAUUCCUGUCAACUCCUCGCUCUCUGUUCCCUCCGCUUGAUUCUCUCCUCAAUCUGUUUCACUGCUGGCUGCUUCAGCACUUCCCUCUGUGUACUUCGUCAAGUAUCUGUCAUGCAUUAGUGAUGGUGUAUGUAGUGGCUUUCUUUGUAGAAUUCUGCAUAUAUUCUUAAUUUAUUAUUGUCUUUCAUCUCGCACUUUAGAGCCAGACAAGUUAACGAAAACAGAGGAUUUGUUGUAUCUCCGAACUAGAUAUUCAUUAAACUUGUUUGUUGUUUGGUCCAAGAAACGUACUGGUUGUUGUAAGUCCUUGGCCUUCUUUCCAGGACGUCACUAUUGUGCCAAGAUAUAAAAUGGAGUUUCUGCACAAUGUUAAAUGCAUUAACUGCAUGUGUGUCUUUGUUGUGUGUGGGGGUUUUUUAACAGGCAAAGCCAGUUCCCGGGGUGACUAUACUCUUCUAUUCCAGUCCUAUUUACUUUGCCAACU